AUGUCUGAAAAGCCGACUUUCACGGAGGGACUCGAAGAGGUGGAGGAGCUGGGGCUCACAGAUCUCGGCUCGCUCGCACACUGGUCUGUGUCGUCCCAUAAGACUGGGUGUGGCGUGGAAGCGCUUCGAUCGGACGACCACCAACUGUUCUGGCAGAGUGACGGCCCCCAACCCCACCACUUGGAUAUCCACUUCUCGAAGCGGGUCUCGAUCGAACGGGUCUCAAUCUACACUGAUUACGAGCUCGACGAGUCGUACACUCCUUCCAAGAUCAAAAUUCUUGCAGGAUCAGGGUACCAUGACUUGCUGGAAGUGACAGAGGUGGAUCUGGACGAACCCCAAGGAUGGACGCAUCUGGUGCUGGAUGGACUGAGAGAAGAUGGCGUGCUGAAAACAUACCUGUUGCGAUUGCUGAUUCCAGCUAACCACCAACAUGGAAAAGAUACACACUUGAGAGCUGUCAAGGUAUAUGGACCCAGGAAACAUAUGGUGAUGGACGACAGUAUUUUUACUUUCACCACACCACAGAUGUUCAGCGAACAGGUUAUUCGAUAG